GGACCCCGGAGCCCACCAUGUCCGUCCUGGAGACCGGCGAAGCCGACCGGACGACGACGAUGUCACCGUUGGACGAGGUCGUAUCCCCGACGAGCGUCGAGUCUGAACUGAUGGUCACCGACAUGUUGGAAGAGCACGAGGCCGCGCUUAACGAGCACGGCAAACGCAAGAGAGACACGGACGGCGAGGAGCUGACGCCGAGGAAGCUGCCGUCGCUCACGAGGAACAACAAUGAGGUCGGCUUCGUUCUCGAGGGAAGCCCCGACGACGAGCUCCGAGAGGAUAGGGACGACGACCGUCUGACUGGUCAUGGGGGCAUCUCCUCGCUGGGCGGCGGGAACUCGUCGCCCUAUUCCGGUGCCCAUCACCACGGACACCGGGGAAACGGAAACGGGGGCGGCAUGCCCCACCACGGGGGCGCUUCGCUGCCGACCGCCUCCGACUUCCAACCCCCUUACUUCCCACCCCCGUUUCCCUCGCAUCACCACGCGCCCGCUAGCCCCCAGCAUCCCGGCCUCGGCCAACCGCAACACCUGGAUUACCUCGUCGGCGAUCCUUAUACGCAAACGCUCAACACGUUGCACCAGCACCACUACAAUCACCUGAGCGCCGCCGUCACCGCGGGCCAGAGGAGCGGCGAUCUCAGGAGAGACACCGAGGGGAUUCAUGUGACGAACAUGCACGCGUCGUUCCCGUACGACGGCGGACGCAGUAGUGGCGGCGGUGGCGGCGGUGGAGGCGGCGGCGGCGGUGGUGGCGGUGGAAGGGGCGUCGAGUAUGGCGCCGUGCGCCGUCCUGACGCCCUCCUACCGCCUCCGGGCCUCGACCAGACCGACCUCGUUCUGCACAGCAGCCUCGUUGACGACCCCCAGGUGAGCGACGAUAACACAAACGUGGACGAUGGAGGGUUCAUGAACGACCUGCCACUAUUGAAAAAUAUGAAACCUUCGGACAGGAGCGAGAAGACCAUGUUGUCCGGAAACGCGCAACCGUCGGACGUAUUCUGUUCGGUCCCAGGACGAUUAUCGUUACUAAGCAGCACCAGCAAGUACAAAGUUACGGUAGCGGAGGUACAAAGACGACUGUCGCCACCGGAGUGUUUGAACGCGAGCCUCCUCGGCGGUGUCUUACGAAGGGCGAAAUCCAAAAACGGCGGGCGUCUGCUUAGGGAAAAACUGGAAAAAAUUGGUUUGAAUCUGCCAGCCGGUAGAAGGAAGGCCGCCAAUGUCACGCUCUUAACAUCUUUAGUGGAAGGUAAGUGCUUUUACUUAUUCCAAAAGUCCUAAUCUACAAGCUAAUUGAGGGAUUCAUAAAGGAAACAUGUGACGUUAGGCUCCGAUAAAUCUGAAGCAUAAUGUAUAUUACAGGCUUAAUGGUCUUAAAAUAAUUAAAUAUUAAUAUAUUGCUGAUUUAUGACUUCGCUAAGUAGAUAUGAUCGCGGGAAUACACAUACAUUAUACAUGAUCGUUUCUAUUCCUGAUUUUCAAGUUCUCAACGUUACUUUACAUACGAAUUUUAUGUACAAACGGCCGCUUUCACUGAUACGCGAUCGAGUCGAAGGCCCUUCCGCUUGAAAUCACGGAAUUAGAAUUUUAGUCUUGAAAAGAGGCUGAGAUAAAUCU